ACCAAAAAACCACAAUUUACAGUAAACUGUAAAUUUGUGUAGUUUCUGCCGGUCUUUUGCAUAUUCCUACUGCAUAUUCGCAAUAGAAAAUGUCUGGAAUUGACAAAAAACGCAAAAUUCAGCCGGAACCGGCCAAAAAACCCCGGGAUUCAAGAAUUUUUGCUCCUUUUCGUGCGAUAGGAUAUGUCUCUAAUCAUGUUCCCUUUGAUAUUGAAGCCAGAGGAAGUCAUUUUCUUGCUACAACCUGUGUUGGAAACGCCUUUCAAACUUAUGAUUGUGAGAAAUUGAAUCUGUUGUUCGUGGGUAAACAGACAGAGAAAAAGAUUGCUGCUUUGAAGUCUUACGGAAAUUACAUGCUUGCUGCCUGCGGUCAUUUUGUCAUCGCUUUCAAACGCGGUCACGUUGCUUGGAAAAUUGCUUUAGACGAUGAACAUGAUACUAUUCAGCUUUUGGAUGCUUUUGGUCAAUACAUUAUUGCUACUACUCGAUCCAACAAGGUCUACAUUUGGAAAUGUGCAAGCAAGUAUGAGACGCCCGAGCUACAUAUGGUAUUUCAACCUAGUUCGAAGGCUUCGAUUACUAGCAUACUCCAUCCAAGUACCUAUUUAAACAAAAUUAUUUUCGGUAUGUCGAAUGGCUCGUGUCAGUUGUGGAACAUUCGUAUCGCCAAGUGCAUCCACGUUUUCCGCGGACUCGAAAGCGCCGUGACCAGUCUCUCUCAAGCUCCCGUCAUUGAUGUGUUGGCCAUCGGUUUGGCUGACGGCCGUAUAUUGGUACACAACAUCCGCACCGAUAGCACUUACAUGGAAUUUAAACAAGAAGGUCGGGUCUGCAGUACUUCUUUCCGUACAGACGGUACUGCUGUUUUGGCCUCUGCGAAUGACAAGGGUGAUAUUACCUUCUGGGAUCUUAACCGGAAACGCUUGCAGAACGUGCAGCGUGGUGCUCACAAUGCUGCUGUCUCAAAAGUUCAAUUUCUGAAUGGACAACCUUUGCUUGUGUCUUCAAGCGCAGACAAUACGUUAAAAGAAUGGCUUUUUGAUUCCAUGGAUGGAGCGCCUAGACUGUUGCGUCUUCGUGCUGGUCACCAGGCCCCCCCUAGUAAGAUUGAUUUCUACGGGCCUACUGUACACUCUAUCAUUUCCGUGUCUUCGGACAGGUCUCUUAGAGCCAUUAGUGUUUUCCAAGACUCCCAGACCACUGAGUUGUCUCAGGGCUCUAUAACAUCCAAAGCCAACAAACUGAGCGUGCGUCCAGACGAACUGAAAUUGCCCGAGAUUAUAUCGUUUGCUUCAUCGAACGCAAAGGAGAAAUACUGGGACAAUGUUCUCACAGCACACAAGGGCGAAUCUGUAGCACGUACGUGGAGCUGGAAGAACAAGGCUUUGGGAACAAAAAUGCUGCAGACCACAGACGAAACACCUGUUCAAAGCGUUUGUGUUAGUUGCUGUGGAAACUUUGGUAUCCUUGGCUCUCAAGGAGGUAUCAUCGAUGUGUUCAACAUGCAGAGUGGUAUUAAACGUCGUACCUUUGGCGCUCAACUGACUAAUCGCCGCCCUAUAACCGCCGUCAUGCUCGAUAACGUGAACCGGGUGCUGGUUAGUACGAGUUUGGACGGUAUUAUGAGAUUCUGGGACUUUAAUAAGGGUACCUUGCUGGAUGUCAUUGACAUGGAAAGUGCCAUUACUCAUGCCAUCUAUAACCAUUCAUCCGAUCUGGUAGCCGUUGCUUGUGAUGAUUUCGGUGUCCGCGUCAUUGAUGUUCAGACGAAAAGAAUUAUUCGUGAGCUUUGGGGUCACACGAAUCGUCUGACCGAUUUCAGCUUCUCGAUGGACGGACGCUGGCUCGUCACGUCCUCACUUGAUCGGACGAUUCGUGUCUGGGAUUUACCAACGGGUCAUUUAAUUGACGCUUUUGCUACUCCUAAUGUUUGCACAAGCCUGGCGUUUGGUCCUACCGGAGAAUACCUUGCCACCACUCAUGUAGAUGAGCUUUCUAUCAAUCUUUGGACGAACCGUUCCCUGUUCCAUCAUGUUUCCACUAGAGCCAUUAAGCUUGAUGAUGUUGCAGCCGUUCUUGAACCGUCGGUUUCUGGUGACCAAGGCGUUUCAGUGAUUGAGACUGCUUUGGCUUCAGAAACCCAAGAGGACGAGGAAGAUGAUUUGUUAUUCCAUACCGCUACACAACUCAGUGAUAAGAUUCAAACGCUCAGUAAAUUGCCACGUGUGCAAUUUCAAACGCUUGUAAAUAUCGAUCUUAUUAAAGCUCGUAACAAGCCCAAGGAGGCACCUAAGGCACCGGAAAAGGCUCCUUUCUUUUUGCCUUCUGCGAAAGAACUCGCUGAGAAUGCUACCCUUACACCUCUUAACAACACUAAAAACGAAACAAGUGUUUCCACUACAGUGAGUUCGCUUCCUUUGGAGGCCACUCAAUUUACGCAAUUGCUGCUUUCCGGCAAUUGUAGCCAGCUUGUUGAAUUUAUGAAGCGACUUCCUAUCGCGAAGGUUGAUUUGGAAAUUCGUUCACUGUCUGCCUUCCCGCCAUACCAAGAGUUUGUGGCUUUCAUCCAAGCGAUGACAGAACGACUCCUCCAACGUUUGGACGUGGAACUUGUGGAGGCGUACAUGGCUACGUUCUUAAAGGCUCAUGAGGAUGUUCUUGUAAUGCAAUCUCGAGAGGACGGUAUGGGACAAGUGCGCAUUGCCCUUGAGCGCUGGAAAAAUGCCCAUACCGAGGAAGUCGAGCGUGUCUCCAGUUACAUUGAUUACUGUUCCGGUGUUCUGAACUUUCUCAGAACGUAAAAAUAUUUGUUGUUUUGGCAAGGCAGAGAGCCAAACGGAGGGUGAGUAUUCUAAUUCUCACACACUAUUGGUAACUGUUUCUCUCGGAUACGUUAAAAGGUAAAAAAAGAUAGGUUUUGUUAGACAGUUUUAAUGUUAUUUACAUUACAGGUUGGGCA